AUGGCACUCGACCUGAUGCAGCACGUCAGAGCGCGCACUCGCAGUGUGCACUUCGAUAGGGGCCUCCUAUUCAUGGCUUCUUCACCUCUCGCCGGAUCGUCGCCAAAAACAUCGCGGGAUUCCAAGAGAACAAUCAGCCUACCUCUGGGACCAGAUGAUGAGAUGCUGUCUCCACCAUCCUCACCUCGCCCAUCGACUGUUCGCCAUUAUCGCAGCAUGCUCGAUGUCGAUGCCCAGGAUCCGCCAACAUUAAGCCCUAUGCAACCAAUGUCAUUCGAUGAACUGUAUGUCGAUGCUGUGCCCAACGAGACGAUAGCAGAUUCAUCGGCCCAACAUGGAAAACCCGACUCGAAAGACAUAACCAGAAAAGAGCUUUCCAGGAGCGACCGUCGACAUACCAGCUCACAUUAUUCAACUACUUCUCCUGGCAGCGAAUCUCCGGCGUUGGCCCCUUCAGCCUCGCCUGUUAAUGUUCCUUCUCAGCCACCUCCCACGACUGAUAACAGGAACAUUGUCCGAAGAAAGCUUACUGGCUAUGUCGGAUUUGCCAACCUUCCCAACCAAUGGCACCGAAAGAGUGUGCGCAAGGGUUUCAACUUCAACGUGAUGGUUGUUGGUGAAUCUGGCUUGGGCAAGUCUACUCUGGUUAACACCCUCUUCAACACCUCCUUGUACCCCCCCAAGGAGCGCAAGGGCCCUAGCCUCGACAUUAUUCCCAAGACCGUUACCAUCCAGUCCAUCAGCGCCGAUAUUGAGGAGGCUGGCGUUCGUCUCCGCCUGACUGUUGUUGAUACCCCUGGCUUCGGUGACUUCGUCAACAACGACGAGUCAUGGCGCCCUAUCGUCGACAACAUUGAGCAGCGAUUCGACUCUUACUUGGAUGCCGAGAACAAGGUCAACCGCAUGAACAUUGUGGACAACCGAAUUCACGCCUGUGUUUUCUUCAUUCAGCCCACCGGCCACUCCCUCAAGCCUCUUGACAUUGAGGUCAUGCGCCGACUUCACACUAAGGUCAACCUGAUCCCCGUCAUUGCCAAGGCUGAUACCCUUACCGAUGAGGAGAUUGCUGCCUUCAAGUCCCGAAUUCUCGCCGAUAUCAAGCACCAUGGUAUCCAGAUCUUCGAGGGCCCCCGAUACGAGCUCGAUGACGAGGAGACAAUCGCGGAGAACAACGAGAUCAUGUCCAAGGUUCCUUUCGCUGUUGUCGGUGCCAACAACGAGAUCACCAGUGCCGACGGUCGCAAGAUUCGUGGCCGUGCUUACCCCUGGGGUAUCAUCGAAGUUGACAACGAGGAGCACUGCGACUUCGUCAAGCUUCGACAAAUGCUCAUCCGAACACACAUGGAGGAGCUCAAGGAGCACACCAACAACCAGCUCUACGAGAACUACCGUACCGACAAGCUGCUCGCCAUGGGCGUGUCGCAAGACCCCAGUGUAUUCAAGGAGGUCAACCCUGCCGUCAAGCAGGAAGAGGAGCGCGCCCUGCACGAGCAGAAGCUCGCCAAGAUGGAGGCGGAGAUGAAGAUGGUCUUCCAACAGAAGGUCGCAGAAAAGGAGAGCAAACUCAAGCAAUCCGAAGAGGAGCUGUAUGCCCGACACAAGGAGAUGAAGGAGCAACUCGACCGCCAACGACUCGAGCUCGAGGACAAGAAGCAACGUGUCGAGAGCGGAAGGCCACUAGAGAAAGAGGGCAAGCGAAAGGGUUUCUCCCUUCGCUAA